UUCUAUACUGGGAAUUUAUAAACAAUGUAAAUGUCACGAGACAAAGGUUCAAAUUUCACUUCAUAUUACUUACAUCUGACAUUCAAACGAAUUAUUUAUAGUGAUAUUGGUUUAUGAACAUCCAGAGACAAUCAUGGCACACAAUCUACUUGUGAAAACACUUGUUAUAGUAACCUUAUUUGGUGCCAAAGUUGCUAGAAUUUUUGACAAGGAAAUGGCGUCGGAAAAAUUAUUUUCACUGCACAACUACCGCUACCGAAGUGUUAACAAUAGUGAGGCAUAUGACCUCUGGAAGCUAUGGGUGAGGUUCAAUGACAAAUGGUAUAAGACAUCUCAGGAAGAAUUCAAAAGAUUUGAAAUAUUUAAAGGCAAUUUGGAAACCAUUAAAAAUUUGAAUAUCCAAAACAAAGAUGCUGAAUUUGCCUUGAAUCAUUUUGCUGACAUUUCGCAUGAUGAGAUGAAAUCCAAGAUUUUGAUGCCAAAAAGAAAGGCGCCUGUGUUUGAGAAGGAGCGCUAUAUAGUACAGAAUCAUGGUCAUGUGACAUUACCUGCUGAGUUUGACUGGAGGGACCAUGGUGUUGUUACUGCAGUGAAAAACCAAGGGUCAGCAGGAUCAUGUUGGGCAUUCAGUACAGUUGGCAACCUAGAAGGUAUCUGGGCUCUAGCUGGGCACACACUGACAAAUCUUUCGGUGGAGCAGAUCGUUGAUUGUGAUGGGACAAAAGAUGCAGCACAUCACCAUGCCGACUGUGGAAUAUUUGGUGGAUGGCCAUACCUUGCUUACCAGUAUGUCAUACGGGCUGGAGGGAUUGAAUCUGAUAAGAGCUUACCAUAUUGUAGUGGCUUUGGAGGGGCCCCAGGUCAGUGCUUCAUGUGCCAGGCUAAAGGCUUUAAUAAAACCCUAUGUGGACCUCCUAUACCCUGGUGCAACCAAACCUGUAGUGACGUCCUGGAUAGAAGCAAAUUCAUCCCUGGCUUGAAGGUCUCCAACUGGAAAGCUGUUGAUAGCAAUGAGACAAUUAUCGCUGAACAACUCAUCAAACUUGGACCACUGUCAAUCGCUUUAAAUGCUGAACUCCUUGUGUUUUACCAUAGUGGAGUAUUUGACCCCUGGGCUACAUUCUGUCCCCCUGAUGAGCUUGACCAUGCAGUGCUUCUGGUCGGCUUUGGAAAGUAUAAGGGAUGGUUCCAUACAACAGACUACUGGUUGGUUAAGAAUUCCUGGGGUCCUAGCUGGGGUGAGAAUGGAUAUUUUAGGAUCAGCCGUGGAAAGGGAACGUGUGGAGUGAAUACUGCUGUGACAACUGCUGAGCUAUAGACAUGAAAAGGUCAGCUUCGUAGUGGACAAUAUGAUGAAACUGGAACAGUAUAUGGUGACUGUUCAAGGACUUUAAUCUCAGAUAUUAAAUCUAAGAAAGGUCUGGUUUCUUUCAGGACACGAAACAAGGGGAUUUCCCGAGAAUUUGUCACUGAAAUUUUGGUGGUAUCGUAAUGGAUGACUCCAUUGUUCAACAGCAUCAAAAUUUACAGUAAAAAUAUUAUCCAUUUCAAAUAUCAUUUUGCAUGAAUAUACAGUUAUACUGUUUUCUCAACUGAACAAGCUUCUGAUUACCAGAUCACUGGUAUAUAUAUUAAGAUUAAAUGUUUGAAAAGUUUGAUCAAGAUGCUUUAACAUGACAUUUCAUCUCACAUAAUAGACAAAGUGUUACAUUAAGUACCACAGUACAACCUGUAUAGGUGGAACACCUUUGGUACCUCUAAACAGUGUUCCACUUGGG